UCUCACAUCACAGUUAUACACUAUAGAUCUCUCUCUCUUCGUUUUCAUUUUGGUUUUUCUGUAACUGCAAUCACUAUGCGAAUUCUCAUUCUUCUCUCCCUCACAGCACUUCUCUUCUUUUCAUCCUUCUCUCCCAUUCUCUGCCAAGUAGAACUCGAUGAAGAUCUCAGCUUCCUCGAUGAACCAGACACCGACACCUCACACCACCACCCCGACUCCGGCGAGUUCCUCAACGACGCCGAUCUCGACGAAUUUCCCGAUCACGACGACGCAGAAUCUUACAAACCUCCCGAGGUUGACGAAAAAGACGUCGUCGUUUUAAAGGAUAACAAUUUCACCGACGUGGUCAACAAAAACCGGUACGUCAUGGUCGAAUUCUACGCGCCGUGGUGUGGUCAUUGCCAAGCUUUAGCACCCGAGUAUGCUUCCGCUGCUACCGAAUUGAAGGGUGAGAAUGUAAUUUUAGCGAAAGUUGAUGCCACGGAGGAGAGUGACGUGGCUCAGAAAUAUGGUGUUGAGGGUUUUCCUACUAUCUAUUUCUUCAUUGAUGGAAUUCAUAAAGCUUAUACUGGCCAUAGAACAAAAGAAGCUAUAGUGACGUGGAUUAAGAAGAAGACUGGACCUGGUAUACACAACAUUACUACAUUGGAGGAUGCUCAACGUAUAUUGAGUUCCGAAACUAAAGUUGUUUUGGGCUUCCUCAAUUCUUUAGUUGGUCCUGAGAGUGAGGAGUUUGCUGCGGCUUCACGACUUGAGGAUGAUGUCAAUUUUUAUCAGACUGUGGAUCCUGAGGUGGCAAAGCUUUUCCAUAUUGACAUUAAUGUCAAACGACCUGCUUUGAUCCUUGUCAAGAAAGAAGAGGAAAAACUGAACCGCUUUGAUGGCCAAUUUGAUAAGUCUGCAAUAGUAGACUUUGUCUCUUCCAACAAGAUCCCUUUGGUAACAGUUUUUACUAGAGAAAAUGCUCCAUCAAUCUUUGAAAAUCCAAUCAAAAAACAGUUGUUGCUGUUUGCGACUUCAAAUGACUCAGAGAAAUUCCUCCCAGUAUUUCAGGAAGCAGCAAAAUCUUUCAAGGGAAAGUUGAUCUUUGUGUUUGUGGAAACUGAUAACGAAGAUAUUGGGAAGCCUGUUUCAGAAUACUUUGGUGUUAGUGGGAGUGAUACAAAAGUACUUGCAUACACUGGAAAUGAUGAUGGGAGAAAAUUUGUGCUUGAGGGAGAGGUGACUGUUGACAAAAUUAAGGCAUUUGGGGAAGAUUUCCUUGAAGACAAACUAAAACCUUUUUUCAAGUCAGAGCCGGUUCCUGAAAAUAACGAUGGUGACGUGAAAAUAGUUGUUGGGAAUAAUUUUGAUGAAAUUGUCUUGGAUGAGUCAAAGGAUGUUCUCCUUGAGAUAUAUGCUCCCUGGUGUGGCCAUUGCCAACAUUUGGAACCAAUAUACAACAAGCUUGCAAAACAUCUUCGUAGUAUUGACUCUCUAGUAAUAGCAAAGAUGGAUGGAACACAAAAUGAGCAUCCCAGGGCAAAGGCUGAUGGAUUCCCCACUCUUCUCUUCUUCCCAGCUGGAAACAAAAGUUUUGAUCCUAUUACUGUUGAAACAGAUCGUUCAGUGGUAGCCUUUUAUAAGUUCCUCAAGCAACAUGCAUCAAUCCCAUUCAAGCUCCAGAAACCAACCUCAACUCCUAAAUCAGAGGGAUCUGAUGCCAAGGAGAGUUCUGAUGUCAAAGAGAACCAAAGUAGCAAUAGCGAAGUGAGGGAUGAACUAUGAUGAGUUAAGUCAUAUGUUUCUAUUUAUACUGCUAUGAUCAGAAUUAAUCUGACAUAGUGACUUAGAGAGAACAACAACUCAUUCUUCUCUCCCAAGCCUAUAAAAGAGGCAAAGAGGGGGAAGGGUGGACACAUGCAAGGCAACUUCGUAUUAUUUUUUUUUUUAAGGCAACUUUGUAUUAUUAAACUCAAGUAUUUAGAAUUUAGAAUUUUGGGGGCGAGGCUUUAAUAAAAAUCAUUAAAUAUAAUUCCUAAAAUUAACGCA